GCGACCGGAAGCCACUUUAAAGCAGAGCUGGAGGUGACAGGAGAGGGAGCUGGAUCGGGAGUCUGUCGCGGCUCUCUGCGCUCGCGGCGGCGUAAUGGCCCGUUCGCGGUUCGCGGCGUCUCCGGCCUGCGACCCCUAGACCCCUGAGCCCGCCCUCUGCGCUGACCCCCCGGCGCGGACGCUGCCCGCGAGCCGGCAGCGCCGCGACUCGGUUCCUGUGGUCGGUUCUCUCAGGCUGCCGGUUCAGGUAAAGGGCUCCGGGUGAGCUCUGAGGAGCCGACGAGGGACCCUAGCGGGGAUGGCGGGCGAGGAAGGGGGCGCCGGCCUCGCAGCCGGCUCUCAGGGAUCUAGGGUGAUUGAUAAUUAGACUGCCUUUUUGUACCAAAUGAACUCGAAUCCUGUCAAUAUCGGGAUGAAAUUAGUUUACACUUCUUAGUCACUUAGGGCCGCUGGCAGGUGUAUAAGUCGCAGUAAGACACUGAAGGGUUAGGGUCCCCGGCGUCUCCCCAUUCCCCCUUGGUCAGGGCUGGCGCGGGGGCGCGUCUAUGCGGCCUCCCCCGCGGGAGCACUUCGCAGAUCGAGGGGGAGGGCACGGCAGCUAGGGGAGCCUUCCGGCCACCCCGCGUUCCGGCUGCAGCCCAGAAGUUUGCAGACUGUUUUUAGAUUAACUUUGAAGGCGCAGAAGUCUUCGCCUUCCUCCCCAAGAAGCGUCCGCCGAGUUUCCCGGGCGCUUCGCGGGUGGAUUGUGCGAUCCUUCGAGACUCGCGGGACGAUCCUCUCAGGAAGGAUUUUUAGACUCUGAAGAGCAGUUGGAGCCAAUCCACAUCAUGGAAAUGGAAACCACUGAACCUGAGCCAGACUGUGUAGUGCAGCCUCCCUCUCCUCCUGAUGACUUUUCAUGCCAAAUGAGACUCUCUGAGAAGAUCACUCCAUUGAAGACUUGUUUUAAGAAAAAGGAUCAGAAGAGAUUGGGAACUGGGACCCUGAGGUCUUUGAGGCCAAUAUUAAACACUUUGCUAGAAUCUGGCUCACUUGAUGGGGUUUUUAGAUCUAGAAACCAGAAUGCAGAGGAGAGCAGCUUACAUGAACCUAUGGUGAAAAAACCCCUGGAAAUCAAUCCAUCGUGUCCACCAGCAGAAAACAAUAUGUCUGUCCUGAUUCCCGAUGGAACAAAUGUUGGGGGCCAAAUACCAGAAGCUCAUCCUUCCACUGAUGCUGCAGAACAAGUGGUUCCAAUCCAGGAUCACAGCUUUCCACCAGAAACCAUCAGUGGGACAGUGACAGAUUCUACAGCAGGGCACUUCCAGACUGCCCUUUUGCACCCAGUUUCAACUGACGUUCCUGCUAGUCCUGACUGCAUAGACAAAGUCAUGGAUUACGUUCCAGGGGUUUUCCAAGACAAUAGUUUUACAAUCCAGUAUAUUUUGGACACAAGUGACAAGUUGAAUACUGAGCUCUUUAAGGACAAAAGUGAGGAGGCUUCCCUUGACCUUGUAUUUGAGCUGGUGAACCAGCUACAGUACCACACUCACCAAGAGAACGAAAUUGAAAUUUGCAUGGACUUUUUGCAAGGCACGUGUAUUUAUGGCAGGGAUUGUUUGAAGCACCACACGGUCUUGCCAUAUCAUUGGCAGAUCAAGAGGACAACUACUCAGAAGUGGCAGAGUGUAUCCAAUGAUUCCCAGGAACACUUGGAAAGAUUUUACUGUAACCCAGAAAAUGAUAGAAUGAGAAUGAAGUAUGGAGGACAAGAAUUUUGGGCAGAUUUGAACGCCAUGAAUGUGUAUGAAACAACUGAAUUUGACCAACUACGAAGACUGUCCACACCACCCUCUAGCAAUGUCAACUCUGUUUACCACACAGUUUGGAAAUUCUUCUGUAGGGACCACUUUGGAUGGAGAGAAUAUCCUGAGUCUGUUAUUCGAUUGAUUGAAGAAGCCAACUCUCGGGGUCUGAAAGAGGUCCGAUUUAUGAUGUGGAACAACCACUACAUCCUCCACAAUUCAUUCUUCAGAAGAGAAAUAAAAAGGAGACCACUCUUUCGCUCAUGUUUUAUACUGCUUCCAUAUUUACAGACACUUGGUGGUGUUCCCACACAGGCUCCUUCACCUCUCGAAGCAACUUCAUCAUCACAAAUCAUCUGCCCAGAUGGGGUCACCUCAGCAAACUUUUACCCUGAAACUUGGGUUUAUAUGCAUCCAUCUCAGGACUUCAUCCAAGUGCCUGUUUCUGCAGAGGACAAAAGUUAUCGAAUCAUUUAUAAUCUUUUUCAUAAGACUGUGCCUGAGUUUAAAUACAGAAUUUUGCAAAUAUUGAGAGUCCAAAAUCAGUUUCUUUGGGAGAAAUAUAAAAGGAAAAAGGAAUAUAUGAACAGGAAAAUGUGUGGCCGUGACAGGAUAAUCAAUGAGAGGCAUUUAUUUCAUGGAACAUCCCAGGAUGUGGUAGAUGGAAUCUGCAAGCACAACUUUGACCCCCGAGUCUGUGGAAAGCAUGCCACAAUGUUUGGACAAGGCAGUUAUUUUGCAAAGAAGGCAAGCUACUCUCAUAACUUUUCUAAGAAGUCCUCCAAAGGAGUCCAUUUCAUGUUUCUGGCCAAAGUGCUCACUGGCAGAUACACCAUGGGCAGUCAUGGCAUGAGAAGGCCUCCUCCUGUCAAUCCUGGCAGUGUCACCAGUGACCUUUAUGACUCUUGUGUGGAUAAUUUCUUUGAGCCUCAGAUUUUUGUCAUUUUUAAUGAUGACCAGAGUUACCCUUAUUUUGUUAUUCAAUAUGAAGAAGUCAGUAACACUGUUUCCAUUUGAAAAAUCUUGGUACUGCUAAAUUAUUUGAUAUGAACUCAAUCCAGCAUUUGUAGCAGGUUUUGGAUGGGUGGGACAGAGUGGGGAACAGCAUUGGAGGUUAAUAGGGCACUUUUAAGACCCAUUUUUUUAAGUGCUAGAAAGUGACAUUUUUUAAAAGGAAAACAAGUUUUAAAAUGACCACUUAUUCUUUAAUUAUUUACUAAUUGUUGUUAGUGUACUCAGUGUGGGAAAGACUACAGAUUACAUACUCUUCAUUCACACUUGUACAUAUAGGCAGCAAUGUUAUUAGAAGCUUUUUUAAAAAAAAAAAAACAGAAAAAGAACAGCCUAACUAAUUAAAUGUGACUUAAGCCUGGUAGAAGUUUGGCCAAAUGAAAUGGAAGCUGUGAACAAAAUGAGGAUUCUGUAUAUUUACAAUGAUAAAAAACUGACUGGAACUAGUACUGUCAUAUUUAUUCCUGUCCAAAAUAUCACUGCUAUGGUGUAUAUCAGUUCGUGAAAUUCUAGUGGGUGGAAAGAAAUUUUUAUUUCUAUCAGCAGGACUGAAAUGUAUCACCCAAGCAGAGAGUGUCAGUGACUAACCAUCCUGCAGUUUGCCUGAGAAUUCAGAGUUCUGUUUAGAGGAAAUUUGGGGGGGAAAAAAAAAAAAAAAGGAACAAUUUAAACAAUUUUUGUCAUCAGCAAAAUUUUUCACUAACUAGUUAUAUGCGAUUCUCAUGUUAAACGUCAGCCUUGGAAAACUCAGUGUCUCCCAUUAUCAUCCAGUCAGUUUGAACAAGUUGGGCUAACUUGCUUAAAGCCAGUCUGGAGGAUUAGAAGUAUUACUUUAUUUCAGGGUUCCAGACCUAGGCCCUGACAGGUUUUAGAGAAAGGAAGUAUAGCUAUAACCAAAUUGAUAAGGUUUAUUACUGCUUUGCACAAAGUAGACUGUCAGAAGUAUUUGUUGACUUGGAAAUGUCGUUUAAGGUGGUCAUCCCACCCCUAUGCCUGCUUUGCCAGAUGCAGCUGGGUUCCCUGGCUGCCUCUGUAUUUUACACUACUUAAUAGAAACACAAACUUGGAAACUGUGCCACUGGCCCAGCUGGAGCAGUGUUCGGUGAAUAUUCUGAUGCCUCAGUUCAGAGAGGUACUAGCAGCUAGACAGACUUCGCCUUAAGCAAAGCAAACAUUUGGAUUUACAAAAGUGGAAGUGGCUGUUCACAAAAGAAUUCACCACAGAAUUUCUUCAAAUGCCAAGCUCUUCUAGUAUGUUUGUGGUUAUUUCAUUUACACAAAACUUUUCAGGAACUUCUGUGUUGUUUAAAGCAAGAUACAUCUAUGCUGGUGUCUCAGUGAAUCAGUCUGUUUAAACACUUUUCAGGGCUUCCACAGUUAUUUAUUUUGCCCUAGUUGAUCUUGUUGUUUGCUGCCAUUGGCAUGAAACGGCCAACUGUGGCUGUUACAGUUGUUGUUUCAUUCAGUUAUAACCUGUAAACCAGUGAUUCCCAAUCUUUUUCAAGUUAAGACAUCUUACCGUUGCUUAUCUGAUUUUAUGAAACUUGUUCCUUUUUUCUCCCUAAAGAAAAAAAAAAAAAGCUUUAUGACCUAUUUAUUUUUUUAAUAAAACUAAGCAAAAAUAAAAGUUCUGGGAAUUCUUUAAAA